GCCCGCCUCUCUCAUGCUCCGAUGGAUGUUGUAAUUUAAUCUGGCUGUGUCACCUUUCCUAAGGGCAUGCGCAUUGUCACAGGAGGCUCCAAUCAAGGAAUUUGGCUUUUGUGUAGCUCUAGCCACAGCCAUACUACAUACUCUCCCAUGACUGUGACGCAUUAGUCCUUCCAUAUCUGAGUCUGCCCUCUCACUAGUCAUUCAUGUUUCCUCACACUCAAGUGCAGGAAUGGACCAUCACUCUUCCUGGGAGGGUUUGCUCUUGUGUCCCAGGGCUCACCUGGAGAGUCCCAGUUCUUAUCAUCCAGCCUGACAUGUCACUAGUUGAUCACACUUUUGCUAACAUCAUGAGGGCUGGAUUGUAUUCUGCUGAUGAUUUGGGGUAAUUUUUCUCAUUAACUAAGGGACAUUUCUUUGUUCUGACAGGACACCCUCAAUCUCCCUCCACACCCACAUACUGUAACAGCCUUGUGGGUCCUCCACAAUGUGCUUGUUCUCAUCAGGAGACUGAUCUUUCCACCCUACCAUCCUGACCUAAUUCCCUAGCAACCUUUAUUUCUCAUGUUAUUGAUUAGAGAUCUCAAGAAGGGAUGAGCCAUUUCCUGGAAUGUGUUUGGAACAGAAUCUUCAACUUCUCAUACAUGAAGUAGUGAAAACACUCUAAUAAAGCAGAGAUCUCUGGCUCUGUAAGGAGGAGGUGCUGAAUGUAUUCCCUUGUGUUUCUGGGAAGGCUCCUGGGAAGGGUAACAUGGCUUCUGGUGAAUUGCAGAAGAGCUAGUUACUAGGGACUACUGGGGAGGCACCAUCCCAACUCUCCACCUUCAUUGAGCAGGAACAGGAGAUGAAAAAAAUAGAGAAACUCACCAUCCAGCUACAAAACAUGACAUGUGAGAGAAAUGAGCUUCGUAGAAUCCUGGCCAAUUACACCAACAAGGAUUUGAACAACAGGCUAAAAUUUGAGCUUGAGAUGCUGAAAAAGGAACAUCAGCAGGUGAUGUCGGAUGUGCUGAAAUUGCCCAUGGAGAUCAGUGAUGCCUUGGACAGGUGCAAGCAGCUGAUUGAGGAGAAUGAAUGCUACAGUUACCUCCACAGUCUGGUUCUACAAUAUUUGAAGCAGCUGAAAAAAAAUGUAUAUGUGUUGGGACUCGAGAACAUACAGCUGUGGGAGGAGCAGAUUGAACUGCAAGAGUCCUGUGAGGAGAUGAAGAAGCUCUUGAAGGAGGCCCAUGAGAAGAUCUGUGACUCCUGUGCUGAGCAGCAGCAGGUCUCUCACUGAACCUGAAAUUUUCUGUUUUGGUGAAUUUGGCUGGCCAGCACUCUUUGGAUCUAGUGCGCUCUCUAAGGUAGAUCUUUUG